AAGUCAUGGUUCUGUGUGCGAUUCCAGUGGAAUGGUACACGUAUAGUUGCGCGUGUAUAUCGAUUUCUUUCAUAUGAUUUCUUAUCAUCCUAUCCUCCCGGCAGCCCAUACAAUGUUGGCCAACGUCCCCACUAUUCCCCUCGAAAAAGCAAUACAACGCCUUGAUGCGUAUCCGUAGUUCUACACAAUUGGACUACGAGACGCUCGGCGCUGAUCUACAUGGGUUGUAAUCUCUCUCUAUGGUCUCGGACGGCCUCCGGAUGCAAAACUCGCAUCUGUCGUACACAGCAAGCUCCAUGGCACCGAAACCUGACGAAUGUGGGGGCAGAACAGAGCCUGGGUCGUUCCGGGAUUUGUAGAAGGACAGACUCGGCUGGAUGCCGUCUGAACUUGACCUUGUAUGUUGAACUCAGAUGUUGUACUGACUCUAGAGCGAGUAGAUGAGCAUAAAUUCUCGCAUCUUGCCCUCAAUGGCUCGAAAAUGCUCACAGCUUUGUUUACAUUGAUAUCCUCGAGUUUAUCUUCAGGUUAUUGACGAAAUGGACACCACUCUGCCCCCUCACUCCAACGCUGGUGACCAUAUAAGCAAAUGGGGCUACUCUUUUACUUGGACGGAUCGCCAUCUCUCUAGAGAGAAGACAGAGCCUCUGCGUCAGCAGUUCGACACACUGGGCGCUGCUGCUCUGGAACGGCUUCAGUUCAUACGAUCUUCGUUGCUAGAAGAUAGCAAAGCAAAAGGAACCACUCCUCCCUCAAAUGAUCUUUACACCAUUCUCCGAGACUACCAUAGGGAGGAUGAGGUCUUAACCCAACUCUGGAACGAAACUCACACGGUCCCAGACUGGGUUAACUGGGAGCAACUCGAGCGAGGUCAGCGGUUUUUGCACCGUUAUAUAAUUGCCAACAUUGUUGGCUUUGCAUUACAGGGGUUUGUAGCAGAAAAUUCUGCGGCCUCCGGCGUCAUAGAAGUCCUCGUCCGGACUGGCAGUUUCUCGACCCGUAUGUUGUUAAAGAGACUGCUCGAGACCUUCCAAUGGUUGAUCCAAGUCACUCAUGACCUCGCUGCCAUCCAACCCGGCGGCGAAGGCCAUGUUGCAACCGUCCGGGUCCGACUUCUCCAUUCCUCCGUCCGACAGCGCAUCUUACACCUGUGUCGCACAAAACCUCAUUACUUCGAUAUUGACCGUUAUGGUGUCCCCGUCAACACAUUAGAUAGCAUUCACUCCAUUAGUACUUUCUGCUGCAAUCCAAUGUGGCUCCAACUGCCUAGGUUUAAAAUCACCCCUUCCCCCGAUGAGGUCAAAGACUACAUGGCCCUCUUUCGAUACCUUGGUUACCUUCUCGGAACACCAACGUCAUACUUCGAGACAGUGGAGAAGGGCAAGUACACAAUGGAGAGUAUGGUCGCCCACGAGCUGCAUACCACCGAGACGUCACGCGUGGUCGCUCAUAACUUUGUUGAAUGCGUGGCGAACCUCCCUGCCCCGUUUCAUGUCUCGAGGCAGUUCGUUGAGGCUGGUAGUCGGUGGAUCAACGGUAACGAGAUCUGCGACAAUCUUGAUCUUGGGAAGCCCGGGUUCUUAUACUACUUAAUGUUUGCCGGUUACUGUGUUCUUGUUCUAGGGCUUGCUUGGCUGCAACGGAUGAUUCCUAUGCUUGAUGAUUUCAUGAUUAAGGUAGGUCUUACAAGCAUGGCACUAUGAGUGACUUAGUUGCACUAAUUACUACAUGCCAGCUCUCCCGAAACCUCUUGUAUCAGGGGAUAGUGCUACGAGAACGCACUCGUUUUGACUUUAAACACGUCCCGCGCAUGGGCAAGACUAUUGGGAGAGAAAAAUACAGCCCCAAUGAAGGCAA